AGAGAGACGGGGGGAGACAGUGUUUGGAGAUGGGAAGAGGGAAGAUUGUGAUGAGCAGGAUCGACAACACGACGACAAGACAGGUGACCUUUUCGAAGAGGAGGAAUGGGUUGCUGAAGAAGGCGAGAGAGCUCGCCAUCCUCUGCGAUGCAGAGGUCGGACUUAUCGUCUUCUCCAGCACCGAUAGGCUCUACGAUUUCGCCAGCACCAGCAUGAAGUCAGUGAUUGAACGCUACAGCAAGGUGAAAGAGGAUCAUCAGCUUGUGAUGCAUUCAACUUCUGAGAUUAAGGUUUGGCAGAAGGAAGCGGCGAGCUUGAGACAGCAACUGCAUAACUUGCAAGAAAAUUAUCGGCAGCUGAUGGGAGAUGUUAAUGGGCUCGGUCUCAAAGAGCUACAAACAUUAGAGAGCCAGAUGGAAACAAGCUUAAGAGUGAUCCGACAGAAAAAGGAUCAAGUUUUAAUCGAUGAAGCUCAAGCACUACAUAGAAAGGUCGAUGAUAUGGAAGAAGAAAACAUGAGGCUCUACAAAAAAUUAAAACUUUCUCAGCAAGAAAACAUGGAAUUGCACCUAAAGGUCGCCGCAAUUGCAAGAUUUAUGGGGAGAUCUACUAGUAGUGGCUCUCUUUGUCCGACAUCAACUGACCUUGAAUUAAGCCCGCCACAGAAACAAACAAGUGAAAUGCAAGAAGACGUACUAAAGCUAGGGUUCUUGCAAGAUAGCAAUUUUUCAUAGUUUAUAUCAAAGGAAGAAGCAAACAAUUUUGCGCAACACCCACAGAUGAGCAGGACUGUGACUGUCAUUUCCACGACUGCCACCAAGUUACUCAUAAAGCAUGUUGCUCCACCUUCAAUGAAACAUGCGAUCCACACCCCUUAAGCUCCCACCACAUUGCCACCUCUACCCUCCCCUUCAAGGUAAGCCCCUCCACUCUCAUCAAACUUGGUUUGAAAGGUACCUCAAGUCAAGAAAGAUACAAAUCCGAAAGUAAUUGAAAUUAUAACAGCUGAAAUUAUUUUUUAUCAUAUUCUAUAUCUAAAAUCCUUUCUAUAUGUUUCAUCUCGCCAAGUAGAUAUUUCAUAACAUCACGAGUAGUCAUGUGAUUCAAAGAUUUUGAGAAGAACUUCUGUUGAUUGCCUUAGCAUUAUCGACAAAUUUGGAGAAACUUUGAGAUCCGAAGACAACCUGCUUAUGACAUAUGUUUAUUGUUAUACAUAAAAGAUAGGGUAGGAUGUUUGGGCCAUGUUGUACAAAGCCAAAACUUCUCCUGAGUAUCUCAAAAAGAGGCAGACGGUGCAAUAGAAACGAGCCUCAGAAUGUGGGGGCAUGAGUGCCUCUGUACACAUCAGAGCCUUGGUUCCCCCACAAUGUAUAGAAGGCGGAUGAUAAGAUUUAUUUAUUGAAUUAAAUUGAUAUAUAUUAUUAUUUAAUUUCCUGAAUAUUUAAAGUGUUAACAGAAGCAAACGGUUGGACACAAGUCUAUCAUUGCUGAGUUGCAUGCUCGCUCACAUCAACAUCCUGAGUAUCCCAACAUGUCCCCAUAAAUUAAAUUAUUUUUUAUGUAUAAAUUUUAUUUGCAAUCUUAUUUCAAUGCUAAAGAGCAUUUAUAGACUUUUGUAGGAGUAUGUGCACCUGAAGAAUGUCUGAAGUAGGAGUCUACAUGAGUUUGUAGCUCUAGUGGUCAGUCUAACAACUCAAAUAUCGAGAUCUAAAGGGAGUGAAGCUGCUUGUGGGAGAAAGAAAGGAAAUGUGUACAGUAUCAAUGCACAGGGAUAUGCAUACGAGACAACAAUCCGGCUCUGGUGAGACUUCAUCAUCAUUUUAUGAUGUAGUGAAGCGUGUGGUCAUAAUCAUCGAAGAAUUUAGAGCCAACUUUGCUAUUGAUCUACGAUGGCUUGAAGAGACAGUGCAAGCUAUAAAUGCCAAGGUUGAGAGGCUUGAGGCCAGCAUUGAGCCGUUGUAGCACAAGUCACAUAUGAAUGACAAGCGUCCUAUGAUCGUGGAGGAGCACGAGGAGCAACUAGCCCUUUAUUUUCCCAAUGUAAAACUUGAUUUUUAGUAUUUUCAUUUAUUUUGUAUAUAUUAAUAUAUUGGAUGAUUUGUUGUGUUAUAGUGUUAUAUUUGUAAUCUACGAUUCUAUAUUUAUUUUUGUUUAUUUAUUAUGAGUUAUUAUUAUUUGCAUCAUUUUGUCAUUGUAAGUAUGAAAAUUUUAAUCAACUUCAACACGCUUUUAUUUUUGCACAAGUUUCUAGCAUAUCACCAACGUGUUUUUCAGUCGCUAGACAGAUAACAGUUUUUCAAGCCACAUAUUAACAUUUGGACUGUCAGCUGCUAAUCCAUCAAUCGAAUUAACAAUAGAAAAAUUCAACAUGUAUUUAAAUAUCAAAUGAAAAGUUAGCAAGUUCUUCAGUCCACACAUUUAUUGUUGAAAUUUUGAUGCUAAUCCGCCAAU